UGAAUGGCACCGCUCGUUCUACGGUUGCUGCGAAAAUGAAACGAUAAAUAAUAAAGUAAUGUGUUAUUGCGAAAAAACUGAAGACUACAGUGUUGUUUACACUCUAUACAAAACGCCGCUGCUUUUGCUUACACUCUGUUCUUAGUGCAUUGAGUGAAACAGGGCGGAGUCCAUAUCAAUAAAGUUGGUUUGAUAAAAUACAUACAAAUGUGUUAAUAUUGAGAGUACGAAAGUUGCAGUCCAAAUCAGCUAUGAUAUAAUAAUUCUUUCGAAACUUUCUAAGACAACUAUUCCGAAAACUCACCAUGUCCGGAGGAGCAGCCACAAACUCCGGCGCCAGCACGUCGGUCACGGCGCUCGGCGGGCUCGGCGGCUCGCUGGAAGACAAGGACUGCGAUCUGCUGUGCCCGGUGUGCUUUGAGCUGAUAGACGAGGCGUAUGUCACGAGGUGCGGCCAUUCGUUCUGCUAUACGUGCAUCGCGAAGUCGGUGGAGCUACACAGACGGAGGAGGUUGCGAGCGAAGCCGAGUGCAGCGCCAGUGGUACCGUCCCCGGGGGAUGCUGAGAGGCUCCGCGCGCUGGUGGCCGCGGAGGCUAGGCACCUGGGUCUAUCGGACGUGGACGGUAUGCUGGACGUGCUAACUCGACGCAAGCGUCUGCUGGAAGCGGAGUCGGCAGCCGCCCACCACCGGCUUCUGUACGAGUUCCUCUCGCAGCUGCUGCGGCACCGCACCCACCAGCUGGAGCAGCUCGCGCGGGAGGCGGCGCUCGUGAGGAAGGAUAUGGAGCACGUGAGCCAAGUUCUGCGCACGCUCAAGGGUGGCAUGGACGAUGGAAGAUUGACUCCGGAGCAGGCUCUAAGCCAGGAGCCGCCCAGGCUUAAGCGGGACAUCAGCGAGCUGGACGCGUCUGCGGCGUGCGGCGAGGAGGAGGAGAGCUUCGUGUCGGGCUGCGGCGCCGCGUGGGGCGGCGGCGACGCGCUCGCGCAACGCUGGCGCCGCCUCGCCGCGCACUUCGACGACUUCGUGCAGUGUUACUUCGCGCACCGCGCCGACGAGCUCUACUUCCCGGGCUCCGGGUCCGACGGGGCCACGCCCGCGGGGCUCUCGCACUCGGUGCCCCCGGGGCCCCACACCGCCGGCACCCAUUCGGCGGGGCCCCAGAGCGUCGCCUCGCAGAGCGCCACCGACGACAUAGUGCCGCAGCAGAUGCCGGAGAGCAGGGCUAGUAGCGCGGCUGGCGGGGACCAGCGGGCCCCAGACGGCGAGGGCCCCGUGGCGUCACAUUCCGCAUGCGGCGCGGGGGUCACGGGGGUCGAGGGGUCCGCGGACGUCGGGGGGCUGGGGGGGCUGGACGCGUUCCGCGAGGACCUGGCGGCCUUCACACGGUACAGGGCCCUGAGGCCCCUGGCCACACUGUCCUACUGCUCAGACGCCAUUAACUACUCAACCAUAGUGUCUACUAUUGAAUUUGAUAAGGAUGAUGAGUUUUUCGCGAUUGCGGGCGUCACUAAGCGGAUUAAGGUGUUCGAGUUCGAGUCGGUGGUGCGCGACGCGGUGGACGUGCACUACCCGUGCGCGGAGAUGCAGUGCUCGCACAAGAUCUCGUGCGUCACGUGGAACGCGUACCACAAGAACGUGCUCGCCUCCUCCGACUACGAGGGCACCGUGGCCGUGUGGGACGCCGCCACCGGCAUGCGCACGCGCGCGCUGCAGGAGCACGACAAGCGCUGCUGGUCGGUGCACUUCAACCGCGCGGACGUGCGGCUGCUGGCGUCGGGCUCGGACGACGCGCGCGUGAAGCUGUGGUCGCUGAACGCGGAGCGCUCGGUGGCCACGCUGGAGGCGAAGUUCAACGUGUGCUGCGUGCGCUUCAACCCGAGCUCGUCGUGCCACCUGGCGUUCGGCUCGGCGGACCACUGCGUGCACUACUACGACCUGCGCGCGCCGCGCUCGCCGCUGGCCGUGCUGCGCGACCACCGCAAGGCCGUCUCCUACGUGCAGUUCCUCGACGAGCGCACGCUCGUCUCCGCCUCCACCGACUCCGAAGUCGUUCGCGCGCAGGUGGACUCGCCGCGCUGCGUGCGCUCGUUCACGGGGCACGCGAACGAGAAGAACUUCGUGGGGCUGGCGACGGACGGGCGCUACGUGGCGUGCGGCUCGGAGAACAACGCGCUGUACGUGUACUACGGCGGCGUGCCGCGCCCGCUGCUCGCGUACCGCUUCGACGCGCUGCGCGGCUUCCUCGAGCGCGAGCGCCGCGACGAGGAGCCCAGCGAGUUCGUGUCGGCCGUGUGCUGGCGCCGCCACCCGGCGCGCCCCGCCCUGCUCGCCGCCAACUCGCAGGGCACCAUCAAGGUGCUCGAGCUGCUCUAGCUGCUCUAGCUGCUCUAGUGGCGCCGGCGCCACUCCACCACUCCGCCACUCCCCGACGGAUAGACGGGGGCGGGGCAGCGGAAGAGAUUGCGGAGGCGGGAGCACGAGUUGUGAGGUGGCUGAGAGUUUAGCAAAAUUAAGUGGGUACGAAUCGAAUCUUUGAAAAUGUCGGUCGAAAAACUGUGCAAUAACUUAUUUUGCAAUUAAAUUGACCGAAAGCAAACUCUGCCUUCCCGUCUGUUAGGCGGAAUUUACAAUACGGUAUGUUACAUUAUAUUUUGAACCCUACUACCACGAAAUAGGAUGGUAAUUUGAAUGGAUAAUCCCGCCGGAGUCACAUCUAGGUUUUGAUGGGUUUCCAGGCACAGCCCAGCGUGCGCCGGCCUGCCCUCUGUCGGCUCGCAUAGUACUUAAAUAAUGCUCAUAUUUGUCCGACAAUCAAAUAGAGGUCGCUAUUGUGUAUUGUGACGUCACAAUAAGGACAAGGCUAGUUUGACGUUUGUCGAAAUGUCAAGUUGUAUAUAAAGACUAGACGCUCGCCCCGACUCCGCCCGCAUAUCAAGAUUCCUAUUUUUAUCUCAAAGGCACAUUUAAUCGCGAUAACAAGUAUCCUGUCACCCAAGUCAGCUCAUGCCCUGUCCGUAUACCAAGUUUCAUUUAAAUCCGUUGAGUAGUUUUAAAGUUAUGGACGGACAAACGUUCAAACAAACAAACUUUCACAUUUACAAUAUUCGUAUAAUAAAUAUUUUGAUCUCAAUCCAUUCUAUAUAUAUUGUUUUACCGCUUUGUCCGUGCGUUACGUUAAAAAACUGAAAUGUUUUUUUGUGAGCAAAGCAUAGGAAACCAUACUUCUAAUAUUAUAAAUGCGAAAGUAACGCUGUCUGUUUGUCUCUUCAUCACGCCUAAAGCACUAAACCGGUUUGGAUGAAAUUUGUAUAAUCCCAGUAAUCCCAUAAGAACUAUGUAACAUUCGAGUAGAAACCCAGUUCGAUCUAUAUUUUUCUAAUCAAUAUGUGAAACUACUGUGUUGGACUGAGUAGAAAUGCUGUUAAACGUGCCAGAAUACCCUUGUCGCUAUUUAUCAUCAUCAGCCCAUACAUGUUCCCACUGCUGGGACACAGACGUCCCAUAAUGUUUCAGACCAUAAUCCACCACACUAGACAAGUGCGGGUUGGCAGAUGUCACAUGCCGUCGAACUUUUGAUUCUCGGACAUGCCGGUUUCCUCACGAUGUUUUCCUUCGAGCAGUGAUGAUGUUAUCCACAUGUACAGAUAAAUAGAAAAAUCAAUUUAUUUCCUGCACGCUCGCCUGGUCUCGAAUCCCGACUUAUCGGUUUAAAGUCCUAGGUCCCCACCACUGAGCCACCACUGCUUCACGUCUCUAUUUAACUAUAGUUUAAAUGUACAAAAUUUCAUAAAUCCCGCGCUUUUAGCAAUUGACUGUACAUUGGGUGAAACUAAAUGCAAGUGGACGUCCACGAAAUAUUAUCUUUUAAGUUGUCCAUGUUUGUAUAAAUACGUAAAUUUAUGCUAUAUUCGGAUAUUGUUAUGGGUAAAUUUUCUACCAAAUUCUUCUAUGAAUUUAUGUAGCUAACAAAUUCUACCAUGAAUUUAUGUAGCUAACAAAUUCUACCAUGAAUUUAUGUAGCUAACAAAUUCUACCAUGAAUUUAUGUAGCUAACAAA